AUGACGGCGCAGGGACGCAGCGCGCUGCCCAGGGCCGUGUUCGGGAAGGAGGGGGGAUGCAUGGGCCUUUGCGGGGCGCCCUCCGCGAUGCCCAUGGAGUGCGAGAUCCGGGUAACGGACAAAGGAGCAGCCGAGGCGACCCUCCAGCAGGAGGGGCGCGGGGGAGCGAUGAUGUGGGUCGACGCGAGCGACUGCCGGCAAGGCACGGCGCCCAUUCGCCUCUCAGUGGUCGUGCGCGGCAUGGUGCAGCACCUGGUGCUUCCUGGCGGGUCCGCGCGCACAGUCGGACACAAGGCCUCUCCGCGGCCCGGCGGCAACGCCCCGAUCAUAUGGCUCCUCAUUGCGCCCAGCAAGCUCGUCGCGAUCGCCUGUCGCGUCGGGCAGCGCCUCCUGCCGCGCGUGGAGUUUCUUUUGAGAGACGCCGAGGCCGACUCGCACCUUGCGGGGGAGCCUGAGGCCGCCUGCCAGGUCUGGCAGCUGCUCGAGCAGCAAGAGUUCGUCGUCAUGCUCGGAAAGGCCGGCCUCACGGUCGCUCACAAGGACAAGGCGCGCGGGAAGAUCGACCGGCGGGCUCUGUUCAUCAACCUUGCUGCUGGAACGCUCGACAUAUGCGACCCCUCGGACCUCACGGAGUCCGACGGCGUCGUGGAGCGUCGCGGGCACCUCCAGGGCCACGUCAGCAGCUACUUCGACGCCGUGGCGUCCAUCAUCCGCAGCCAACCCUCGGCCAACAGCGCGGGCGACGCCGCGACGCCCUCGCGCGACGCGGGCCUCGCCAGCGCCGACGCCAGCCCCCUGCCGAUCCGCUCCCCGCCGGGCCUCGAAGCCAAGCCGUCCGCCGUCGCGUCGCCGUCGAAAGCGCUCGCCGGCAUGCGGCGCGUGCUCAGCCCCGUCAAGGCCGCCGACGCCCGCGCGGACCAGCGCACAGUCGCCAGCGUCGUCGAGCGCCUCAAGCCCGGCCGGUCCGGCCCCGAGCGCCUCGCGGCGCUCGACGACCUAUCCGCGAUGGUGCUGCGCGUGUGCAACACGCCGCAACUGUCCGGGUCGUCCGGGUCGUUCUUCACGCGCGAGUGGGCCGAGCGCGGCGUGAUCGAGGCCGCAGUCUCGCUCGCGGAGCAGAUCGGCCGCUGGUACGCCGCGCCCGACACAUGGCCAGCGGGGAUGACGCGGGAGCGGCUGGGCGCGGCGGAGGGGAAGCUGCGGCACGCGGUCGCGGCGCUGCUCGCGGGCCUCCCGCCGGACUCCGACGCGUGCCACCGCCUCGCCGACGCGGCCGAGGGCGCUCUGCGCGCCGGCGACGUGUCGACCGCCCCGCUAUGCGGCGUGCUGGCGGACUGCCUGAAGCUCCCCACGGUCGCGGAGCACUCCGCCAUGACCGGGACGGCCGACGCGAUCGCGGGGUGCUACCUCGCGAUCGCGGAACGGUUCGCCGGGGUCGUGUCGGGGCCUGCGUCGCCGGAGAGCAGCCGGCCGGUCGGCACGCGGGGGUAUGACUCGUCCGAGUCCGAGAUCGAGUUCUCGAGCAUUCUCGACGCGUCGGCGGCGGCGACGACCGGGAAGAAGCGCGCGACGGACUCGGACGACGACGACCAGGGCGGGCCGCGCGGGGGGCGGCACCAGCGCACCGGCAGCAGCGUGAACGUUCCGAAGCUGAACCUGGCGCUGGGGGACGCGGCGUCGACGCCGCUGUCCAAGGCGAGCCGCGGCGGGUCGGGGAUCGUGCUGCCGGAGAGCACGCCGGGGCAGGGCACUGCGCCGCGGAUCGCACCGCCGCCGACGCGGCAGGCGCGGCGGCAGCUCAGCAAGCAGGCCAGCCGCGGCGGGCUGGGGUUCCUCGGGCGGAUGGCGUCGGGGAACCUGACGUCGCGCGCCGCGGAGACGGCGCGCGGGCCCGUGGGGGCCGCCGAGGGCAUGGAGCAGCUGUCGACCGCUGUUGGGCAGUCGCUGCUGGCUGCCGACCUGGCCAGCAUCGUGGCGCUGCGGCGGCCGCGCGCGUCCGCGAUCGACGACGCGCGGAAGAACUUCUCGGCCGUGUCUCGCUCGUGGACCACCCGCGCGCUCGUGGACCCUUCCAGCGGCGCCGAUGCCGGGAUGCUGCUGUCGCCGAUCAGCCUCGGUGCGCGGUCCUUCACGGACCCGGACGCGGCGGGGUCGUUGCGCGGGCUCUCGUGCAUCGGCGAGGAGCCCGAGGUCGCGAACGGCGUCGUCACGCCGGACUCCCUGGCGUUCGAAAUGAAGUGCCACCUUCUGGAGUGUCUCAACUCGCUGCUGCAGGCCUGGCGGCAGCGGCAGGACGCGUCGCCGCUGCUGGUCAAGUCGCCCGCGCCGUUCCUGCAGAAGGAGCUCACGAAGACGCUCUCCGUCGACGGCGCGGAGGUCCCGGCGAUGUCGGGGAGGCUGAGGCACCUGGCGUUGCGCAUGCUGCACCUGUGUCAGGCCCCGGGGGGGGGUCCGGGGGCCGCGGGCGGGCACGGACCUGGAACGCCGCCGCCCGGCGGCGGCGUCGCGGAGUCGGCCGACACGCUCAACCUGCAGCGCGACGUGUUGCUGGACUCGGUUGUGGCGGUGCUGAACGAGGCGACGACGUGCGCGCCGGGGCAGUGGGAGACGCUGGCGCCCAAGGUGCAGCUGCACCUGUCGGUCCUCGCGGAGUACAUCGUCGCGGCGCCGAGCCAGCUCGCGCCGCAGCGGGUCGUUGCCGCGUGUGGCGCGCAGCUGCUGGCGGUGAAGUCGGCUCUGCGCGCGCAGGGGCAGUUCGCGACGAUGUCGCUGGCGGAGGUCGAAGUGAUGGACGCGUGGGUGCGCGUCAUGGCCGCGCUCGCGGGCGCGACGCCGGGCGACGCCCUGGGCCGCGCGCUGGUGGCGCUGCUGCUGGAAAGCUCCGGGAACCGCCUGUGGCUCAAGGACUACACGCGCCUGGCGCUGCUGGGGCCCGCGCUCGAGGCGCGCCUCCCGCGCAUCCGCAUCGUGUCGCUUCGGCGCGCGGUGCUCAUGUUGUGGGCGGCGCUCACGCGUCUGGUGUCGCGGCUGCCGUUUGCGGGCGACGAGGGCCGCGAGGGCGGCGCCGCGGGCGCGGCGAGCGGCGGGAAGAAGCAGGGGAAGGCCAGCAAGAAGGGCGCGGACCGGGACGUGGCGCGCAGCCUGGGGUCGUCGCGUAACGGCUCCCUGAGUCGGGCCGACGUCGAGGAGCACAUGCGCGCGUGGGAGGGGUUGGCGGCGGAGGAGCCCGAGGCCGUGGGCGCGCUCGAGCAGCACGGGCCGGUGGUGAACCGCGGGGAGGUGCUCGGGUACCUGGCGUUCCUCGUGGACCCGCCGCACGGCUAUUUGUGUCGCAUGCUGGCGCGCUACAUGGAGGCGCCCCCGGAGACGGACAUGGCCGCGCACGAGAUGGCGCUGGAGCUCCUCGCGGAGCUCUUCGGCUCGCCGGGCAGCCCGUACCCCGCGCGGAGCGCCGCCACGGACCACUGGAUUCAGUUGCAUUUUCUGCACUUUGUGCAGCUCUACUACAACCCCACGCGCCUGGAGGCGGCGCUGGCGCUGUGCCGCGUGCACCUGCGGUCGCUCCUGUCGCUCGCGGCGACGGGCGGCGCCGCGGCCGCCAGGCGGUUCUUCCAGCUCCGAAUCAUGCAUUUCCUAAUUCGCGAGAUAUCGCUGGAACACGAGUUCGCGCUGGCGCACGAGCCCGCGCGCGACACGGCCUCGCAGUCCGCGAGCUCGCGCGUGACGGGCACGAUCGCCACGCGCGAGCCCAGCCCCGCGCCGGGAGGCUCCGGCAUCGUGCCGCGCCUCCAGCUCGACGCCGUCGGCGGCGCCUCGCAGGGCGACAAGCGCUCCGCGCACACGACGCCGAUUUCCGCGGGCCCGGCGUCGGCGCCCGGGAAGAUGGUCCCUCAGCUCAAGCUCGGCCCGUCCGUGCGGUCGCAGAACAGCCGCGCGUCGCCCUCGCCGGUGCGGCAGCCGUCGGCACAGACCGCGUCGGCGAACGGUCCCGGCGGGUCGGCGAUCACGGCCGGCGACGUGCACGUGACGCCCACGGGCAGCGUGACGCCGCAGAGCCGCUUGCCGAUGCAGUUCACGGGCGACCUGGACGAGGACGUCGCGAUGCUGGAAGCGAUGGAUGGCGACGGCGCCAGUUCCCAGAGCUCGAGCUCGAGCAGCGAGGAGCCGUCGCCGCCGCCGAGCGAGAGCGACUCCGACGACGGUCUUCCGCUGCCGCCGCCGCGCACGGCGACCAUGCCGGGCCUGUCGAUCAACGCCGCUGGCGGCGGGACACCCCCGGGGCUGUCGCUGAACCUCAAGGGGGUGUCCAAGGGGGGCGCGGCGGCGGAGCGGACGUCGCCGCUGCGGUCCGCGACCGGCGCGGGCGGGCAGAGCAGCCGCUCGAUGAUGCGGCAGAACACCGGCUCACGGCCGCCUCCGGGGCCCUCGGCGCGGGGGUCGCGGCCGCAGGUGCCUGGGCUCCCGCUCGGGGGGGCCGUCGGGGGCGCAGUGACGCCGCCGAGCGCGCAGCGGAGCAGCAACGCGGGCCCCGAGGGCUCCACGAAGCCGAGCCCGCACAUUGCCGGCAGCACGGGCGCGGCAACGAGCGCGACAACGUACGCGGCUGCGCCAGGUGGCACACCGCCGAACGGCACGGGCGGCCGGCUGCGCGGCGGGUUCCUCACCGCGAUCGAGUCGCGGCUGGUGUCGCGCGCGCAGGACACGCCGCACGGCAGCAAGGGCUCCGGCGCGCGCCGCGGCGGAGCGCAGGCGGGCAACGGGGGCGGCGGCAGCGGCACGGCCGCGGAGAUGGUCGGCGGAGCCGAGGGGGACUCCGAGGGGCACUACGAGUCGGAGCGCGCGCGGCGUCUCGUGUACCGCGACGAGAACCUCCACGUCCUCGUUCUGCGGCUGGCGCUCGUGCUCGCCGUCGACAGCAUGGGGCAACUGAGCAAGAUGUACUGCCACCCGUUCCCGCUCGAGCAGCACCUUCCGAACGUCCCGUUCGUGCUCCACGCGCACCUCUCGCACCCGGCGAACCAGCACCUCAUCCCGCGGCUCGCGGCGUCGUGCCAUGCGCUCCCGCCGCCCGUUGGCUCCGGCGCGCUCCGUCUGCUCCGGCUGUCGACCGCGCGCCUGUUCCGGUCGCCGCUGUACGGGCAGAAGCGCCGCAUCGGCCGCGGCGCGUACGCGCAGGUGCACCGCGCGCAGCUGCCGCCGCUGGGCUGCCCGCCGAGCGUCGCCGUCAAGUCGAUCGACCUCCCGCAGGCCGUGCACGACCACUGCGUCGCGGUCGACGCGUUCAACGAGGUCUUCAUCCUCGAGGCGCUGCGCGGCGAGCCGGGCGUGUGCAAGCUCCUCGAUUACGGCGUCGACGACCACCACAUCCACAUUGUCCUGGAAGACUACAAAUGCAGUCUGCGGCAGUGGCGCCGGCGGCAGCCUCUGGAGCGCCGCGCGUGCGAGAGCCACGCGCGGCUGUACCUCGCCGUGUUCCGGCAGGUCGCGAGCGCCGUCGCGCAGCUCCAGGCCCGCGGCGUGGUCCAUUUCGACCUCAAGUGCGACAACGUGCUUCUCGAACCCCUCCCGGGGGUGUCUGAGGAGGAGUUUUGGUGCCCGACGACCGCCGAGCCGCCGUUCCGCGUCGCGCUGACCGACUUCGGCGAGUCGCGCAUGUACAUGGAGACGCAGCAGCCCCGCACGCGCCGCAAUCGAGGAACAGAGUGCAUCAAGAGUCCUGAAAUGCUCAUGGUCGCCCACGCGGACCGCCAGGGCGGCAGGGCCGCGGCCGGACAGCUCGUCGGCGCGGGCCCGGAGUCGGACGUCUGGUCGCUCGGCUGCCUCCUCUACGAGGUCUUCACGGGGGAGUAUUUGCUGUUCGACCCUGACUGGAUCCGCUUCUUCAUUCGCGUGACCCAGGCCGGGCAGCCGCUCAUCGCGCCGGAGCGCGAGGCGCCCCUGCGCAACGUCACCGCGAUCCUCCACCUCAUCGAGUCGAUCCUCGACCGGAACCCCGCCACGCGGCCCACGGUCGCCGACAUUCUGCGCCACGUCGACGACAUGCUGCGCGGGCGCGCCGCGGGGCUCCCGGAGUACGCGCCGCUGCCGCUCCGGCCCGCGUACGACGCCCCGGACGAGACGCAGGCGCUACAGCCGUCCGCGACGAUGCACCGGCAGCUCAUGCCGCGCGACCUCGACCCUCUGAUCAACCCAGUUGGGGGAGCACGAGUGCCUGGAGGAGGCGCGCUGCGGAUAGCCGCGGGGCUGCUGCUCGCGCCGGCGACGUGGCUGCACGAUCCGCGCACGCUCGCGCACGCCGGCGUCGCCGCGGUGGUGCUCGUGUCGCCCGCGAAGGUGCCGUUUGGCGGCGCGCUGCACGCACAUCUCAAUGCGUGCGCGCAGGCGUGCGGGAACGCGGGCUCGAGCUGUCUGCGGCUCCCCGUGCGGCCAGCGUCCGGCGACGGCGCGGAGAGCCGCGCCGGGACGUCUGCAUCGCUCGAGGCCGCGAUCCCGAAGACGCUACGUCUCAUUGCAGCGGUGCGCGGGCGCCUGGACGGCGGGAACAGCGGGGGCGGGCUCGGGAGCGCGGUGUCGGGCCCGCAGGUGCUGAUCGCGUUCGCGGACGGCAUGGAGGCGGCCGCGAUGUCGCUGUGCGUCGCGUACGCGAUGGUUGCUAACGCGUACGGGCUCUGGGAGGCCCUGCUGUAUACGCAGCUGCGAGCGCUUGCUCUGCCGCUCGGGCAGGACCAUGUGCGGCAGCUGCUGCGCUGGGGUGGCCGGAACGACGCGGAAGCCCGCGAGUUCGAGCAGGCGGUGCAGUUCACAUGCCCGUGCGGGGCCUGGCGGGCGCACCUGUCGAAGCCGCUCGCUGCGGCGCCGCGGGCCGGGAACUUCAAGAAGGGCGAGGUGCCCGUGGCGGACGAGGUCGUGAACGAUGCGGAGUCGGCGUGGCUCGCGUUCGCGAGCGGCGAGCCGGCCGGGUGUGUCGGCGGGCGUGUUUCGUGGGCACGGUGCGAGGAGAGCGCGCUGCACGUCGGGGCGCUGUCGCCCGCGCAGCCGGUCGCGGCGCAGCUGUCUGGACAGGACCGGUACUCGCACAGGGAUGGCACGCCCGGCGGAUCGCAGCGGGGCUCGCAGACGACUGCCGGGUGGGAGCUGUGGCAGUGUGCGCACUGCGGGUGUCCGACGCACGCGGUGAACCUCGUUUCCGGGGACACGGCGCUGUCGCCGAAGCCGUCCGGGAUGCCGCUGUCGCCGUUCGCGAGCGGCGUGCCGCGGACCCCAGGCGCCGGUUCCGAAACGAAUCGAGAACUGAUGGUGGUCGCUACGCGCAUGGUUGCUCAGAGGCCGGCGCGGCAGCGGUCGCAGCAGGCGAUGCAGGCGCAGGUCGAGGCGCCCGGGUUCGUGCCGUCGCCGAUGAAGAUCCGGGGCUGA